AUGAAUAUGUUGGAUGAUGAAGAUGACCAAAGCUUUCACGCUACGCGUGACGGCUACUCCCAUUUGAGCGAUGUCGAAUGGGAUGCGGUUGAACGGAUGGGUUCAACCAUGGGCAUCCAUGCUGUUAGCGUCAUGCUAGAGGCUCUCAAUAGAGAUGCCCAACAUGCUACUAUCGCCAAGUUCAUUCAAAAUGAACUUGACGCAGAACGCGAGAAAGUAGCCUUGCUUCACCAACAAGGUUCUCAACAAGCAAAAUUGUUGAGAGAACAGGGUGCUCGACAGUUUGAACUGCUGAGACAGCAGCAUGCUGCUGCUGGUGGGUCGAUGCACUCGCGUCGACCCGAAACCUUGAAGAUUGACAUCUCCAAGGCGCGUCGCAUCGACGACGGGGAUAUGCACGUUGCAUUUGCCCAGUCAAAUCUGGCAGGACGUGCCAAGACUUGGGCACUGGGGCUCAAGUUGCACGACCCAUAUGCGUUUGGGUCGUUGGAAGUCUUCAAGUCGCGGCUCAGACAAACGUUUGAACCGCCUAGAGCUGAGUUCAGAGCUCAAACCGAACUCUUGAAGCUCAAGCAGGGUAAGCGUGAUGUGCACGCGACGCUCAACAUAUACGACAUCUUACGAGUUGUAUAA